UUCAAGCAAGUGUCCCGAGAUUUUCUCGACUCUAUAGCUAUCCCAAUAUAAAAAUGCAAAAUUCAGCAGUUUCUCAGCAAGGUCCUCCCCCGACUCGACUGUAUACAUAGGAUCCAGCACCACCCAUUAUCCAUACUUAUCCCUGAAACUUGAAAACUAGCAACUGAUGGAUCAGCUGAAGCCUGGACCGGCAAACUCAGCUCCUCUAACACCUCUUGGUUUUCUUGAAAGAGCAGCCACAGUCUAUGGCGAUUGCCCUUCAGUUGUCUACAACAACGCAACCUACACAUGGUCAGAUACCCAUGUCAGAUGCCUCCGGGUGGCUUCUUCCAUAGUUUCUUUGGGCAUCAAAAGAGGCCAAGUGGUGUCCGUUGUGGCACCAAAUAUUCCAGCCAUGUAUGAAGCCCACUUUGCUGUCCCCAUGGCCGGAGCUGUUCUCAAUACGAUCAACCUUCGUCUCGAUGCCCGCACGGUUUCAAUCCUCCUGCACCAUAGCGAAUCCAAGCUUAUCCUUGUCGAUUACCAGUCAACUUCUUUAGUCUUGGAAGCCUUAUCUUUAUUUCCACCAAAUUCUCAACGCCCCCUGUUAGUCGUCAUCACGGAUGAUGCAUCCCCAUCCAUCCCUCCAUCAAAUUUUCCUGAUUUUUAUUGCACUUACGAGUCUCUGGUACAGAAAGGAGAUCCGGGGUUCAAAUGGGUUCGUCCUAAAUCUGAUUUUGACCCCCUUAUACUCAAUUACACCUCAGGAACCACCUCUUCCCCUAAAGGAGUGGUUCACUGCCACCGCGGAAUAUUCAUCAUUACCGUGGAUUCUUUGAUAGAAUGGUCGGUCCCAAAAGAGCCCGUCUACUUGUGGACACUACCCAUGUUCCACGCCAACGGCUGGAGCUACCCCUGGGGCAUGGCCGCCGUAGGUGGAACCAACAUUUGUCUACGAAAAUUCGAUGCACCGGCGGUUUACUCAGCAAUUCGCCAGCACAAUGUCACGCAUUUGUGCGGUGCGCCCGUGGUGCUGAACAUGAUAUCGAAUUUUCCCAUGGGAGAGCCACUCAAAAACCCGGUUGAAAUACUGACAGCAGGAGCUCCACCUCCAGCUGCAGUCCUGUUGAGGACUGAAGCACUGGGAUUUAAGGUCAGUCAUGGAUAUGGAUUGACCGAGACAGGAGGUCUCGUGGUUUCUUGCACCUGGAAGAAUAAAUGGAACAGAUUGCCAGCGACAGAGCGGGCGAGGUUGAAGGCAAGACAGGGCGUGAGGACACUCGGGAUGGCGGAAAUAGAUGUGAUUGAGCCUGAAACAGGGGUGAGUGUGAAAAGGGACGGUUCAACUCUUGGUGAACUUGUAUUGAGAGGAGGGUGUAUUAUGCUUGGAUACCUCAAAGACCCUGAAGGGACAUCAAAAAGCAUGAGGGAAAACGGUUGGUUUUAUACUGGAGAUGUUGCUGUGAUGCACCCUGAUGGAUACUUGGAGAUUAAGGACAGAUCCAAGGACGUGAUCAUAAGUGGGGGUGAAAAUCUGAGCAGCGUUGAGGUGGAAUCUGCGUUGUACAUGCACCCGGCAGUGAACGAGGCAGCUGUGGUGGCGAGGCCUGAUGAAUUCUGGGGUGAGACGCCUUGUGCAUUUGUGAGCUUGAAAGCUGAUGUGAAGCAGAGGCCGGCUGAGAAGGAUGUGAUCGAGUUUUGUAGGGGUAAAUUGCCAAAGUACAUGGUGCCUAAGACGGUGGUGUUUCGACAAGAGCUACCCAAGACAUCAACUGGGAAAAUUCAGAAGUUUGUGCUCAGAGAAAUGGCUAAAGCUCUUGGUGGUUCAAAGGUGAGCAGAUUGUAGACGGGUGAAGAUGAAUUGAGUCAUCUCGGGCUGAGUUUUGCCGACCAAUAUGCAGUUUUAUCUUUUUCGGCAGGCCAGAUGUACUUGUCGGAUAUAUGUAGCAAAAUGUGCUGUCUCAAGCUCGAGGAUAAAAUUCCAUCCUAUUAUUUUAAGUGAUUAUAAAUUCUAAUAAUUACGAAUAAUUAGUUUUUGAA